CUGAAGGCUGAAGCAGUGAAAGGAAAACCGUGGGAAGACAGAAGUCCUGCAACAUCAACCUCGUCUGGAAAUUGAAAUUUCUUACAAAAUUCAUUUAAUUAUUUGGCGGAGAUGGGCAAAACGGCGAAGGUCGUCGUUUGCGGAGCCCGAGGCGUCGGAAAAACUGCAAUAUUGGAGCAGUUAAUUCACGGACAUGUCAACCUAAAAACGGAAUUUUACCCAACCAUCGAGGACAUUUAUCCAGCGUCCGUCACUACAGACAAAGGAUCGAAAGAGCUUGUUCGGUUUCUGGACACCGCUGGCCUCGGACUUGGCUAUUCCUCCGAGCUUUCAAGGCACUAUUUCGGCACCGCCGAUGGCUACGUGAUUAUUUACGACCCGGACGAGACAGAGUCGUUCAACGUUGUCCUCAACAUCAAGAAGGACAUUGAAAAAUACAGAGAGAAAAAAGAGGUUGCAGUCACUGUUCUUGCAAACCGGAGGAGAGGCGAGCGUGCCUACCCUGUGGAUGGCGCACAGGCUGCGCAGUGGGCGUCCCGAGAGAAGGUGCGUCUUCACGAGGUGGACGCCAUGGACCGAUCGACGCUUUUCGAGCCGUUCACCCAGCUGGCAACAAGACUCAACCCUCCCCAGCAGAAAAGCGCCUUCUCUCAGCUUGGAAUCUCCAGAAAGGUCAAGGAGACGGGGUAACGUGUUAAACAUUUUCUCCCUUUUCGUGAGCAGUGAUUAAAGAAAAAAAAUUGAAACAGUGAAUUAGAGUCUCCGUAACAGACAUUCCUUCGGAAAAUGGUGAAUAUAUUUAUUUUUAUUUAAAAGUGUGAUGGAAUUAAAAUCAGGCACCUAUUUAUUUACUUGAAAAUCAAAAGAAAAUUUUAUUU